AUGUUGUCCUGGAAAAAUGAUCAGGUUUUGUUGUGGUUGAAAAACUCACAGCAACCGGAGGAUGUAUUGGAGACAUUCCGUGUACACAACAUCACUGGAUUGACGCUCCCGCUGCUCAAUUCAGAAGAAUUGAAGGAUAUGGGGAUAUCGAACUUGCGACAACGGCUACAACUCCUCAACGACAUCAGCACGUUGUUGAUCGAGAAAACUCCACACUUAAGCUCUUUGAAUCUGAACAAUGAGCAUCCGCUUCUAGCCGAACUUCAGGCAGCUGUAGUAUCGACAUCUCUUAUCAAAAAUGUAUCGAAGGGUAUUGUAGAGGAGACGUCUUCUCAAUUGAUUGAUAAAAUGUCAGGACGAGAGCGAGAUUAUAGUGAGAGCGAUAGAGAAGACAGCACCGACAAGGAGAGAAUGAACAACAAGGAGUACAGAACACUUUUGACGAGGAUCAACAAGUUGAGAGAAGAAAUGCUACCUGUUUUGAAAGAGAUACAGGAUAAGAAGCCAUUACCUGCUCCAAUUGGUAGACAUUCUCCGAAUCCGCUCCACACUCAAUCCGUCAAGUAUGAAAGUACGGCACUUCCAUCAGCAUCACCUUCGAGAAGCAUGUUUAUCGCAAACAGAAGAGCCAGUUCGUCGGAGACAAUUUCCUCAAUGUCUUCCGAGCAGGUUCCGUUACCACUAUACCCCAAAUCUAUGUCUUCGAGCGCAAUCCCACAGAAAGCAUCGACUCAGCCAACCCCCUUACCGCAUAGAAGCUCAUCUCAUCUCGCCCAAUUGCAUGGACACUCGUCAUCACCGAAUCUGGUUCCUUCCCGUUCUUUCAAACGUAUGUCGUCACAACAAUCGGAGGUAGCCAAUCCAAGUAGCAGCAUUCCACCUGCAACACCCGCUUCCACAGAUACUUUAAAACAACUACGGGCUAAAACUGAGGACCCAUGCUACAAGAUUUUGCAAGCAGCUAUGCGAAGCCAUAAACUUGACAAAAGUGAGUGGCGCAACUACGUUCUCAUUAUUUGCUACGGUGGUGACAAAGAACGUGUUCUAAGGUACGAUGAAAAACCAGUCGUUGUUUUCAAAGAACUUAGCGAACUUGGACUGUCUCCCUCCAUGAUGCUUCGUCAAGUGGAAGAUACUGAUGACACGGGAUAUGUGAAUUCUGAAGACUACGAAACUCCUGGCGGAAGAUUAUAA